UGACAAAAGAAAGAAAGAGAGCAGAGGGCCGAGUAGUUUAAUGUGACGAGUGCUCGUUACUUCACAAAUGUGAAAUGUUUUUAAGGCCUUAAAAGUGACGAAGACUUUGUAGCAGGCGAGGUGGGACGGAAAGCGUUAUCCAGCCGCAACUGCACUUCCUUAGUUCAGCCAGCCGCAAUUGGUGCCACAUCAUUACGACUGGAGACACAAGCCCUGUAGCUGCGGGGGUGUAGCGGCCGCCAGCCUGCUUCUGCAUAUGAGGUUUGAUGAAACCAGAAUGGUCGUUAUUAAAGAAAAAAGCCUGAAUAAGGAAUUCUGCAUGCCUAAUAAGGGUGUUCUUGACCUGAGCUCUACAGGAAGGCAAGAGGAGACCUCUGAAAUUGUCAGCCUUGCAGAGGAGAAAGCUACUGUAAAGGACAGUGACUUGUCUUUGCUCAGAAGCAUGGAAAUGAGACCUAACCACCUUAAAAUGGAAACUGGCAAUUUGAAGUCUGUCCACUGCAAAAAGAAUCCCAGUAAAUUUAAAUUGCCUCAGUUGAAACAUGAGGCUACUGACACGCAGUGUGUCAGUAUGAAAGAGGAGGAGGAUUGCGAGUUAGAUAUUGUUGAAAUGGAACCAGAUGACAAUGAGGUGCAGCCUGUCUCUGUAAAAGAAGAAGACUGUGAGCUCAAAAUUGUUCAAGUGGAUCAAGACUCUGAUGAUGAAGCUAUAUACAUGAAACAGGAAGACUGUGAGCUAAAUAUCAUUCAGGUAGAACAAGACUCUGAUGAAGAAUCUUUAUAUCUGAAGCAGGAAGACUGUGAUCAAGAGUCUGCUUAUUUUAGUACAUCCAGUCGUGUACGGUACUCCAUAAAUAUGCAAGGAGAGACGACUGAGAUGGGUGCAGAUGUGGAGUCGCAUGAACUUGAUACACUAGACUGGGAUGAUGGGAGGUCUGAAGAUGACUGUUCUGGGCUAAGAUAUGAGGAAGAAGCAUCGUGCAGUACAGUUAUGAACAGAAAUAUUCCAAGAAACUCCAACAUGAUGUUUGGCCAAAUUGAUGGCAUAGUGAGGGAACCAGAAGUAAUAGACCCUUCCCAGGAAGUUGUCUGUGAAAAGUAUAGUUGUGGUGUAUGUGGGAGAACAUUUACACGAAAAGGUAACCUUCAGCACCAUGAGAAACUUCAUACUGGAGAGAAACCAUAUGGUUGCGAAGAAUGUGGGAAGAGUUUUGCUGAUAAAUGUCGCCUACUUAUACACCAGAGAAUUCACAGUGUAGAAAAACCUUACGCUUGUCCUGAUUGUGGGAAGGCGUUUACACAAAAGCAACAUCUGCAGUUUCAUCAGAAAAUUCACACUAUUGCAUUAUGCUGUACCAAGUGUGGGAAGAAGUUCCCUGACAAACACAGUCUUCAGGUACACCGAAAACUUCAUACUGAAGAUUUUAUCUAUGCUUGCACUGACUGUGGAAAAAUGUUUGCAAAAGAAACACACUUGGAAGUGCAUCGACGAAUUCACACAGGGGAGAAACCGUAUUGCUGUCCUCAGUGUGACAAGCGGUUCAAAGAUAAGCAUUGUCUCCAGCAACAUGUUAAGAAUCAUAAUAGAGAUAAGCUGUAUGGUUGUUCUUUGUGUGGGAAAAAGUUUACUUCAAAACGUAAUCAUCAACAGCAUCAGUGGAUUCACACUGGAGAGAAACCAUAUCAAUGCCCUGAAUGUGGAAAGGGCUUCAGCAAAAAAUGCUAUCUUCAGCAGCACCAGUGGAUUCACACCGGGAAGAAACAGUACUGCUGUAAUGAAUGUGGAAAGACAUUUGCGAAAAAAGAUAGCCUUCAAAUACAUCAACGAGUUCACACUGGAGAAAAGCCUUAUUGUUGUUCAGAGUGUGGGAAGAGGUUCACUGACAAAUGCAUACUUCAAGAGCACCAAAGAAUUCACACUGGGGAAAAACCAUACUGUUGUACUCAGUGUGACAAAAAGUUUACAUCAAAGCGUAAUCUGAAACGGCAUCAGUGGGUUCAUACUGGUGAGAAACCGUACUGGUGUACAGAAUGUUGGAAGGGGUUCAGUAAAAAAGAAUGCUUUCAGAUACACCAGAGGAUUCACACUGGAGAAAAGCCAUUUUGUUGCAAUGAGUGUGGAAAAAAAUUCACAUCAAAUAGUAAUCUUAAACAACACCAAUGGAUCCACAUGGUGGAUAAACCAUACACAUGUGCAGAAUGUGGGAAAGGAUUCAUCAAAAGAUGUUACCUUAAGCAGCACCAAUGGGUCCACAGGAGAAAAAAUGUAUACUGCUGCAUAGACUGUGGAAAUAAUUUUAUCGAAAAACGUGGUGCUCAGCGACAUGAAGAAGGUCAAAGUACUGAAAAGCCACAUCGCUGCAAUAAAUGUAAGAAUAUGGCUUCUGACCCAGUCAUAAAAGGCAGUACUGAUGUGAAGCCUGCAGCAAACCAUUCUCCAGAAAUGCAGAAAAAAAUAAAGCGAAGUCCUAAAUCUGAAACUCCUUAGCACCUGUAAGAUAAGGUCAUUUUUCAUUUUAAGUCCUUUCAUUUUAGUCAAGGAUUCUGUAACCAUACUUCCCUAAUAAUUUGCAAUUUUAAAUUGUUCAGAGCACAUUUAUGCAGAACGAAACCUGCUGUUUGCAAACUCAAUUGAGUCAUAUACAGUGGGUAUAGAAAAGAAUCACCCCCUUCAGAAUACUCCCUUUUUUUCCCUUUACAGCCUUAAAUGAAAACACACAAACCAAUAUUUUUUCCAGCUUUACUUAUUCAAUGUAAUCUAUAACAUCCAGGUGAAAAAUAUUACGGCUGCAGUUCAGAAGAAUUUUUAAAAAUAAAACAAAUACUGAUAUUAAUAAAGGAUCACACCCCCCUCCUAAACAAUAUUUUUAAACUCAAUCAGGUGCAAGUAACCACCAUUUUUAUUGCAGACCAUGGUUACUGGCUUCCACCUGAGAUCAACUGUAAUCAUUGUGAUUAGUGAAGCAUAAAAACAGCUGUUCCUGGAGCAUUCCUUUGCUUGGUAGUGCUUCUGAAAGGAAACAACUGACUAUGGAUGGCAAGCCACUUUCAAAAGAUCUCGGGGAUAGAGUUGUGGACAGACAUAAAGCUGGAAGUGGAUACAAAAAAA